CGUGCAAAUGCAAUGCAGUUCACAGUUGUUUAUAAGUAUUAAAUUUACAAGUAGAUGUUCUAUAGCUAGCUAUACAGUGUGUGUACUAUACUGUACUAUUCUAUCAUUCCAUUGGAGGCACAGUGACGCUACAGACGCUAAGACGCCAAAGCUACCAUGACGAUAGACUGUGAUAAAACGCUUGGGUCUCAACUCCAGUACUCAAGCAGAGAAUUGGAAGAAGACAGAUUGUUUGCAAGCUCCAAAGUAUUAUUGACUGCUCAGUUCUCAGAGAUAAGAACAGAAUCUGGAUCCUUCAUACACAGAGUUCAAUUGGUAUUGACUACAGACUGUGAAAUUAUAGUGCUAAAGCAACCAACUGACAAGUGUAAUAGACGUUCCUUCUUGAGAAGACACAAACUCAGUCAAACUGAAUUCACUAUGCAUAGUUUCACGACAAACUCCUUCACGGCCAUUAUUCCAGACACCAUAUUGAGGUACUCCUACCAGAUAUGUGGGAACACCAAGUGUACCAUUGGAGAAUGGCUGCUCAAGAUAUCUCAUUGUAAGCUCGGCAAGAAGAGCAAGAAGUCCACAAACAAGGAGCCUUGCCCAGCCGUACCCGUACCUGAGAGAGACAGCACUAGUACAGCUGGCCAGUCUACUAGUUACCAACACACUGAAGAGUCUCUCAACACUCACGACUACUCCUCCCCCUCUCACCCCGUGCAGAGGCCACUCCCCCUGCCCUCUCAGGGAUCUCCUCUCAUUGAGACAUACACACACCCUCAGAAUGAACACUCUCGUAUUGUUCAGAUGCCCAGUGGCUUAAUCAAGGCACGCUCCUUCCAAGACCGAGGCUCAGCCAAGCACCGUUUUUCUCGAAAAAACUCCUCAUCUUGUGACCUUGACAAACGAUCCAGUGCGGUUGAUGAAGAAACCACACCCCUCCCACCCUCCACAUCCCGAACACCCUCACCCUUUGCAGAGGACAGCAAUCCCUUUGAAGGUCGUCUCAGACACGUUCAAGUACGAAACAAGAAACGGAUCUAUUCUCCUCGUGGUGGCAUUAACAGGAGCAGCUCUUCUCAAUCGUCCACUAACCCAAUCUUGGAGGAUGUGAGGGAAAGAAGUUACUACAGUCGGUCUGCCAACUCUACCCCUCUCCCAGGACUGAGUACUUCACUGGUCAUAGCCUCUCCCUCGGCUGAGGCAAGUGAGAUGGGAGGCCCCUCCUUCACCAGAGGGUCCAGUGGCACACUUCCCAGGACCAAGAAGGGCAAGAAGGACAGGCUCGCCAGCGAGUCAACAGGCCAUGGCUCCCCGAGCAAGAUACCCAGCAAGUCUCCUAAGCUGCUCAGACUGUUCCACAGACGCUGGCAGUCCUCCUCCUCCAUCAAGGUACCCCUUAACCUGGACAGUGAUGACCACAGUCCCUCUGGCCCCUCGGGUGAGCCCAGGAAACUGCACCAGUUCCCCCCAAAGGAGGUGGCAGAGGAGCUCUCACUCAUGGACGCACAGCUCCUGCGAAAGAUUGGACCAGAAGAGCUGCAAAAUGGGGCCUGGAUGAAGAAAGAUUCUAAGGACAAGCUGGCCCCCAACGUAAUGGCCAUGGUACGAUCCUUCAACCAGCUAGCUCUACUCAUUCCAAGCGAGAUCCUGGAGGAAAAGACUCCACAAGGCAGAGCCAAGGUUAUUACAACUUACAUUCAGAUUGCAUCCAAGCUGUACACUAGCCACAACUACAACUCCCUCAAGGCAGUGCUGGCUGGCCUACAGUCCACACCUAUAUACAGGCUCAACAAGACCUGGAAGGAGGUGACCUCAAACAAGAGAAAACGUUUCGAUCGUUUGUGUGCCCUCAUGUCCGAGUGUGAGAACUGGCAGCUGUAUCGACGUGAUCUCGAUGACCAGCUCUCCUCUGGGUCUCCCGUCAUUCCCUUCCUCGGCCAAUUCCUCACUCAGGUUGUUCAGACCGACUCCUACAACCAGGCUAGAGAGGAUAAGCAAGCGAGUACUCCUCUCUCAUCCCUCAAGACCUCCUUCAACCCUCAAAACCUUCGAUCAUCAUCGCUAGACACCACCUCCAGCCCCAUAACCACACCCUCAAAUAAUCUCACGAUCAGUCUAAAAGUCGAUCUCAGUGUGUCUGCACCAACCAGCCCCAUUCACACCAGCUACAAAUCAGUACUUACCAAAAAGGACUCCUCUGACAGUGACAACCACUCAAAGUCUCUCAGCUCGGACAGCAGCUGUCUCUCCCCACCUCCCUCUGUGGGUCUCAGCGAUGACGAUGAUGAGGUGGAUGGUCACGACGACAAUGGUAGCCACACCACCGACUCUGGACACCACUCAGCUAUAGAGUUCCGACCAUCUCCUUCUCUUCGUAAGAGCUCCACUCACACCACGCUCUGCAUGGACACUCCUAAAGACUCCGACGUGAGGAAGUCACAACUGGAACUGAGCCAAAUCUACGUUAGUCUUGAACAACAUAGCAAGAGCUACGAAACUCUACUCAACACGUACACCGAGGAGGACCCUGCCUUGAAAGAUGUGUUGGACAGAACACUAAACGAACUGACCAAACUCUCCACCAGUUUGCAAAGCCUCGAUUCUGUUUUCUCCGACGACCAAGAAGAAGAAGAGGGAGAUAUGGAUUCCCCCACCUCCUCUUUGAAUGUUAAUAGCAUGACGUGUUACGACUCUGACCACACCAGCGAUUACGGCAGCGAUGCAGUCCAUGUUGAAUCACCUAUUAGCAAGACCGAUAAAAAACGCAACAAAGCCAUGAGGACUCUGUUCCGGGCAAAAUCUGAGAAUCCUGAGAACGUGUGCCCCCUGUCACCAGAGUACGAUCAAUGCAUGCUGGGACAAGAAAAUGUGAGCCAAGACGACACCACACAGAAAAGCUGGAGAUUGCAACGCUCUAAGAGCUGCAGCAAUGGAGGAAAACGAAGACGACUCAAAAAGAAGUCUCGUAAGUCGGCCGAGUUGCUUGACAAUAACUCUCAAGAACCAAAGACAUCUACUGAGAUGUUGAACACUUUCCAAGUGGCAUCGCUAGGUUACUCGAUGGGUGUCAAGGAGAGCGGUGUCCUGAGGAGUGCUAUCUGCGAUGUGGAGCCCAACUCUGAGUCUGUGUCCUACAAGCUCUCAGUGGAGAGGGAGGCUACAUAGCUGUGACUAAUAAUAUUGAACCCCAUAACCUGAUCACCAAUAUAAUUGUACUGUGUCAAGUAUGUCUUUUCAUUUCAUUUCAUGUGCAUUUUGUAUUCUCAUUAUAUAUUAUCAUUUUUAACCAUGCUGUAUAUAUUAUUAUCACAUGUGCAAUUAAUAAUAAUAUUAUUAUUAAUCAUUUUAUUUUAA